GUUUCGAAAAUGUUCAUAACACUUUUAAAUGCGGUUGUUAAAUAAUUAAUAUUUUACCAAGAGACUAACGAUUUUUCACAGGACCUUAACAAGAAUUUUCAAGCACCAUCUUUACGUUUCCAAAGAGUUCAACAUCCUUUCAUGUGGUUUAGUGAGGACAAACUCGAAGAUCAAAAUUCAGUGCUGCCGCAAUCCGGCGCCCAUCACGUUACUUGACAGUGUCUGUUAUGAUGAGAAAAUACCGAGGGGCGUUUAUUUCUUCCCUUGAAUCCUUUUUGACGGGGCUGAAGAGAUACCUACUAAUACUGAAAUCACAAAAGGACGCUUUAAUUAAAUCUCUCCCGUUUCUCUGAUCUUAAGGUUGAGAUACCUGCUGCCUCCCCUCAUUUUCCUCUAAGAUUCUGCUGCCAGGCAAGCGAAAAACCAGUCACGCUUCAAAUCGACACGUAUUAUUACUUCCGGUGCUGAUGGGCGGGAUUGGCCUUUGCUGGAAAGUUCGGAUUCAAAUUAAGCGCUGUCGGUUAAAAUUUUCAAUUAAUUGUAACCACUUUAUUAGCUGCUCGGUGGAGCGUGUAAAUGUGUUCCUGCUAAAUUGGUUUGGCAACUUGCCGAACUAAAGUAGAUAGCUUUAUUUUUUUUUCAAUUUUAAUUUUAUAUCUGCCUUUAGAGUUAAACCAUCACAAACGAAUUUGAAGAGACACAAAAAUAAAGGUAGAAGUUAAACCUAGUCACACUUUCUUUUAAACGUAUACUUCUUUUAAAACUAUUGUUCAUGAUUCAUAAAUUAGAGACUGGGGGAUUAUAUACACAGUAUGCCUGACUUACAAAUAAUAAAAUCUUUCAAGUUUUUUUUCAUCUUUAAACUAUCGCUCAUCAGUUCUCUCCGUUCAGAAAACAGAAAUCAAUUGAAUCUAUCUAAGACAGUACAGUAAAUUCGGAUCAUUCCCUUAGAAAACAGAGACAAUCUAAUUACCCUAAGAAAGCCUUCGUAACAAUGAAAGUCCACAGUUACCCCUUGAGCAAGAAUUGUAAAACGAUAUGGGAUGAAUCUAGAAUGGGUCAGCUCCUCUAGCCCUUCUUAAACUUGAGCAACAAUAUACUGAUGGUGAGGAAGAUCAGGAUCCAGACGGUCGUGGAGGCAAAGCCGAUGUAAACAUUAGGGUUCUCGAUGUGCCAGCCACGCUGCAGCAUGGAGCGAAGGGAUUCGGUGGAUUUGGUUAGGGGCAGGAAGACGGAGAAAAUCUUGACUACCGGAUGCAUCCCUUCGAUGGGCCAGAUGAUGCCACACAGCAUCACAAUCGGCAGGAAGCUGCCCAUCGCCAUGUAGGUGGCCGACCGUUCGUUAUCGCAGGCGCAGGACACCACGAAACCUACAAGAAAAAAUAUGAAUGAGUUACUCCGCAAUUUAGCAAUUAAUACUUUCCAAGAACAAAUAAAUUAUCAAUUUAUCAAAUUUUAAAUCAAAAUGAUAACAUUUGUUGAGCUUGAGAUAUGCAAAUGAAGUGGAUGAAUUUUUGGUGAGAAAUAUCUUUACCAGAUUUUUGAAAAAAAAAAUCUGAUUCAAUAAGAGCGGGCGUUUUAUGUAUCUUUUCAGUAUUGACGUGUCAUAGUUAUCUGUUGUAUGUAAAUUACUAGCUCAAGAGCGUAUAAAAAACAACAAACUUUCGGAGCGGAUAAUCAGGAUAUUACUUCUGUUAAAAAGUACUUCACAUUUGGGAACUUUGAAGUUCCUUGAUUUGAGACGAGACGAAACACAACUAAACAUUGUCAAUUUAUUCUUUGGUGUUUUUGUGUUAGUUUUUCAUGAACUGAUCCGUAAAAUAUCUAAAACGCUGUAUUGUGAAAAGUAAAUAUCUCAGCCCUUUUAAAAAAAGCUGAUAAACAGUUUAUAUUGUUGAACACAGUUUAUUGUUAUUUUCUUCUUUAAAUGUUGCGAAAAAAGAAAGAAAAAUGGUACUAAAUACAUCUUCCUCUAACGCAUUCUCCAACGAAUCCAAGUAAUCACAAUAGUGCCCAAUGUCACCUGAACUUGAUAAAUGACAAAAAGUUUAUUCUUGAGCCCCAAGUUGGGAGUUAGGUGUUUUCAAUUAGCGGAACCAACAAAUUGCGGAUCUUUCUAACUCGCUAGAUCAAUCAAAACCUAGCGGCAAAAUUAAACCGCUAAUGAAAAGAACACUGCUUAGACCCCGUUGGCUUUGAGGGCCUUAAAAUGUAUUUGAGCUGUUUUCAUUAGAAAUUACAAUAUCAAAAAUUUUAUAGAGGCUAGACAUCACUACAGAAUCGAGAACUGGGUUUGUUUUAAUAAAGAUAACUUGGACUAGCUCACUUUUUCGUCGUGUUUUGAUCAUGUCACAUUAAUUUAGUAGUUUAGCAGCUGAAAUAAUUUGAGAAACUUUAAAUUAACUUUCAUUAUUUUUUUGAUUUUUCUCAAUAUUUUUCAAAACUUAAAACACUUUGAAUUCUUCAUUCAAUCUAUAAAUAAUUGUUUCUUAUAUUGUUCUUCCAAUUAUUCACAUUUUCACUAAUAUGCCAAAUGUUGAAACUUACGGUUUCUUCCGGCGCGGCGUCCGAACAACAGCAGACUUCUGCUGCCGCGAGCAGAACGAAAACAUUGUUUGUUUUGGUUCCUCAUGCUAUGCCCAAUUCGCAAUCGAGAACAAUAGAUCAAGUAUUGCUGCUGACAGGUAAUGAUAAAAAACGCGGUACAGACACGCCAAAUUUACAAAACUUACCGAGUAAGUUAUUUUUACGCAACCGAGAGUUUUUUGACAUUUACUCUCUCUUGCAUUGAUUUUUUUUCUUAUUUUUUAUGCAUCUCAAAAGUUUUUUCCAGAAAACUUUGAGUUGAGUAGUUUUGAAGUUGUCAUUUUGUUUGUGUUGUGGAAGUUGUUUUUGGUUGGACGCUGCAAUUUCGUUUUAAUUUCUGCCGGAAAAUGGACCAUUUACUGGAGCAGUUGGACGCCGACAGCCGCAAGCGGGUAACGGGUGAGUGUUUCUUCCGAUGUACGGAGAAAAAGAUAAUUUCCGGUUCCGGAAAUCUUUCGGAUAUUUGAAACCUAACUAUCAGCUUCCAAUUGAGGUUCACCGGGGAAACGCUAUUAGAUUCGUUCGAGUAUAGUUUAAGACUUUUAAAAGGCAAUCUACAAAACAGAAUUUAAAAGGAAAUUUUGAAAUUGAUUGGUAAGAUAACAUUAACAUUUGGUAUUGUUUAUUACGCAUCCGAAUUGAUAUUUUAGGUUAGAUUUCAUUGUAGUCCUUUUCACUGUCCGAUCAUCAAAAUUUGCAUUUAAUGCUUUCUUUUUCAUAAUCCAGGAACUUAGAGUGGAUGAUGUUCAAUUUUAAAAAUGCUUCCAAAGUCAUCAAUGGAAAGCAAUCGUAAAAAAAAACGUAAAACGUCUGAUGAUAAUUAAAGGGCAGUACUAUGCCCCAAUUGUUAUUCCAAAUUUAGGUAAAGUAUUUUUGCAAAAACUGUUUCAUGUAUGUGAAGUGAUUGUUAAUCUGUUUUUAACCAAUGUGUCCUGCAUGAUUGGAUAUCUAUAAAUCUAGAAUUAAGAGGCUCAAACGUCAUAAACUUCCUAACCGCACGGUUAUUGUAUAUUCGCUUCAAUACGAAUAUUUUUUUGUUUUUAUUUUAGCAACUGUUUAUCAAACACCUAAUUAGUUUGAUUUGCAACUAUUUUAAAACGAUGUUUUUAAAUGUUUCAGAUGCAUUCCAACAGCACAAAAUCAAUCAAGAGAUUUUGUACAAUUUAACCGAUGAAGAUUUAAAGGAUAUCGGAAUAUUUGAGAAAGGGUUGAGGUUAAGAAUAUUGACUCACAUAGCACGGAAGGAAACACCACUUGUGGAAACAACAGUUUUUCAAAACGAAGUUCCCCAUCGUGAAAACGAGGAACCAGCUGUUAUUAAAAAAGAGGUAAAUUUUAAUAUUUGUCGUUAAAUGAAAAUAUGACUUAAUUUUUUUUGUUCUUUUCUUUACAGGUAAUCAGAUUAACUCUUGAAAAAAAUGUGUCGAGUUCUAACUGAUUAUUUUUUUGGAAAAAAUAUUUUAUAAGGGCGGUAUCCAUCGUGGCAAGAAAAACACCAAUUGGAUGUAGGUAUUGUCGACACUUUUCCACAGCUGGCAAAUUUGAGCAUUCCCGAUUCGCCGAAAGAAUCGCAUUUCUUUUGGCGUUUCGGUGGAAAAGCCUGUGGAAGCCAUACUGGCAUGAUUGAGUGGCGCUGUCGAAAUAUGCGGAAAGGUGUUGAUAACGACAAGAAAAAAUUUCUACGCAAAAAAACGGGAGAAGAAACACAAUAUCCCAGCUAUUUGCGAGACGAUGCCGCUAAAAUUGCCAUAUUACAACCAAUCAGCUACAAUCGCCGCUUCAUAACUGAAGGCAUGGAAAAUUGCCAACCGUUGUUGAAAUGGUUAAUCAACUUUAAACAUUCCGAUGCGGUAGAAAUAAUUCAAAUCUUCCCACAUUUAAUCGCGUACGAUGGGGAUGUAAUACGGAAAACCUUCGAAAAUUUAAACCCUGGAUAUGACGCAAACGUUAGUUUGGACCUUACGCUCCGUCGGGGUCUUAUAAUGAUCGAAAGUGGCUGGGAUUCAGUAACAGAUGUGCUCAUUAAAGGAGGCCUUAGGCUCAUCAAACUGCUCUCUAACCAGGGGAUAAAAAAAUGUAUAGAAGAGGCAUGUUCGGCAGACGAAACGCUUGCAUCUCCACUGAUCAAAUGGAUACCGCAAAAUCAACACUUCACCGCUCGGGAUGCUGUAGAGGAAUUCGUUAUGUGGUAUACAGGCAGCCAAUACCGUCUCAUCUGCGUCGGUACUCCCGAAGAAUCCGGCGAAUACUUCACUGUAUUGGAUAAAAUCAUCAUACCUUGCGGAUCGUCGGGUUUGACCGCGCUAGACACUUUGCUGAAAUCCUUCCAACCUUUGAACAUCAAAGUACCACCCAUCCUGCAGAAGUUGUUCGACCUCAUAGCCAUCACAACUUGGAGAAUUUUGAAAAAUAGUAGCAGGAUCAUGGUCCGAAGAGUCUCAGCGAGGCUAGACGAAUUUCAGCGAAGUCAUACGGCGCUCACAUAAUACGGCAUUAUAUUUACUACACCCCGUAUUCGAAUUAAAGGUUCAGCAGAUCCGUUUCGGAAAUCUUUUUAAUAUACGUCGACAAAGUUGUUAGGAUUGUUAUCGCUUUACAUAUAUCAUUUCUCCAUUGUUAAUCAUCAAUAAAU